CAUGUUCAGAGUCCGAUGUGUACAGAAGUCUGAACUCUGUAGAGGGAAAUAGCUGGAGUAACUGCAGUGCGGUAGAUAUAGGUUAGCUGGGUUAGCUCAGUGUGCGGGUACAGUAAGAGGAUCUGAGGAGGAGGAGGAGAUGUGUGAGGUGAAGAGAGAGGCAGUGAGUGUGGGGUCUGAGCAGCGCUGUGUGGAGAGAUGGACGCUCUGCUCUAAGAGUCUGAGUGUAGAGAUCCUCUCUAUAGGAGCGGUUAUAACCUCCAUAAACACACCUGACCGGAGUGGACACAGCGCGGAUAUAGUGCUGGGCUUCGCUGAGCUAGAGAGUUAUCUCACCAAUCCACGCUACUUUGGUGCUGUAGUGGGACGAGUUGCUAACCGGAUAGCCAAAGGCCAGUUUGAGAUUGACGGAAAGGUUUAUAAACUGGCCAUCAAUAAUGGACCCAAUGCUCUGCAUGGUGGCCUCAGGGGCUUUGAUAAGGCUGUUUGGACCUGUGAGGCUGUGGACAACGGGGUCAAACUGAGCCACUCUAGCCCUGAUGGAGAUGAGGGAUAUCCUGGCAACCUGAAGGUUUCUGUGACCUAUACACUGAAUGAAAACACAUUGAGUGUGUUGUACUGUGCCCAGACUGACAAAACCACACCAGUCAACCUCACCAACCACUCUUACUUCAACCUGGCUGGACAGGGCACACCAGAUAUUUAUGACCAUGAAGUGACUAUAUCAGCUGAGGCCUACCUGCCUGUCGAUGACACCAUGAUUCCUACGGGAGAGAUAAAACCAGUGGAGAAUUCCCUUUUUGACCUCUGCAAACCUGUUCUUCUUGGAUCUCGACUGAAGGAGCUUCCUGGGCCUGGGUUUGAUCACAACUUUUGCCUUUGGUUUCCAGGACAGCCAAAACAAGAAAAGAAAUGUGCAAGAGUGGUGCAUCCUGGGACAGGACGUGUUCUGGAGGUGAGCACCACCCAGCCUGGUGUUCAGUUUUAUACCUCCAAUUUCCUGGAUGGAUCAUUUAAAGGGAAAGGAGGGGCGUCUUAUCCUAAACACAGUGCUUUUUGUCUUGAGACCCAGAACUGGCCAAAUGCUGUUAAUCAGCCCCAGUUUCCUGAUGUUCUGCUGAGACCAGGAGAAGAAUACAAUCACACUACACACUUCACUUUCUCAGUGGUAUAAUGAUUUAACCCCUUGGACUGUAGAGUUGAGAAUUAUUAUUAAACAGUAGCUAAAAUUAAACUUGUUUAGGAGAGGAAAAGUUUUGAGUCUACACCUGCCAAUAUGCCCUUACGAGUUUAAAGGUUAAAAAAAAAAUUAACCACUUUCAGUACACACUAAUGUGUGUAUAGUGAUGUGUGCCAAAACUGAUCAUAAAGUGUUGUCUCAAAGGAUAUAUUUGGGACACUUACACCUGUGUUACUGGUAAAUGUGUUAUCUCAAGUCAGACAUCUCUGUGUGAGGUCUGAUAGUGGAUGCCAGAUGGAGGUGAAGUUUGGAAAAUUUCAUUUCCAAAGUUCCACAAAAUCACGUGUGUAACAGGAAUAGUUUAUAAGCCCUAUACGGGCGGGAUUAGUUUCUCAGGGGUUGCUGAGGUAAUUGUUUCAUUUAUGGGGCAAUUUUAUUCCUGUCCAGAACAAACAUGUAUCUGUUUUUCUCAAGACGUCCUCCAAAAAAAUUACUGGCUGAAUUACCUGCUGUUUUUUUGCUGAACUCUGUGGUCCUCUCUGAGUUUCGGCACCUCACAUUUAUUAAAAUAGCUAUUUGUCCACUGCCAUGCACCGUAAUUACACUUUGGGCACAUGUUUCUAUGGAGCUCCACGUAAACACAACAGUGAGUGGAAAUAGAUGAGCUACUGAACGCGAGGUCAUGUGACGGAGAAAGCCAAAAAACUCACUGCUCCUCCUGUUUUUUCAAUUGCAGUUUUUCACAGAUGUCCCCCUGAGAAACGAAUCCCUUCCGGAUAGGGCUUUAGAACUCCCAUCCCUUCCCACCCACAGAGGAACAGUACAGUGGAUGGUAAUAAUCAUGACUGGCGUUGGCUGGUUAAAAUUGUCAGUGCAACAGGCAAGUACAUCCGCAUUCAAUGCAGAAGGCUUACAGACAUAUCCCAAAGGUAGUGCAGCGUGCUUUAGCCUCCAUGAUACAUUGCAAACAUCAUGGGACACAAUACUAGUCCCCAUCUCCUGACUUUUGGCAUUUUAUUCGGUAUGCCAGGCUUGCCAAACGAAGGGUAAUUCUUUGUCACCUACACUACAAUGUGUAAAAAUCAAGUACAGAUGAGCAUUAUAAAGGGAUGAUUAGUUGUGUUACACAAGAACUUUGCACUUUUUCUUUUCAUCUAUAGCACAUUCCUGUCUUACUAAUAAGUAAUGUCUAUGAAACCAGAAAGAUGCCUUAUUAAUGUAAUUAGCAGUUACCUGUUUAUCUCGGUGCACAGUUUAUAAAUAAAGUAAAUCAGAAACA